AUGAGCAUCACUAGCGAUUCCCGGAGUUUUAUCUCCGCGGAAUCUAAAGCGCAACCCUCUAAUUUGGUUAUAAAUGUUGAUUACUCACCCCACUUUAUCCGCUCCUACCGCGAGUGCAUUGCAGAUCUCCACCUGCAGUCAUACGAGAUUGAUUCACACGUCGAUAGCCCCCGAUUGAUGCCGACUAGAAACACGAUAAACACCGCACAUACCCCACGCCACACAAAUACCACUCAAGGCAGUAUCUUGGACAAGCUGAACAACGUACAGCCUAUCUCCACUCAAGACCUCAUGCUGAGAAUUAGACCACAGAGUGCAUCUACAGACCAUUUAAUAAGUUUGGAAGAUGCAGAAGACUCAGAAGACGCAGAAGACGCAAAGACAAAGACAGACCACGCAAAGGGCAGUGUCGAUUUCAGACACGACAUACUAUAUCAAGCCAUUAAUGCCAGUUUCGGUGACACAACACCUAACAAUUUUCUAAACACAGACCCAUCCAAGUCUUUGAGCGGUGGUACUAGGCAUAGUACUAAAGCGGGUGAUUCGAAUUAUUCAUACAAAUCGGCAAAAUCGGCAAAAUCGGCUAGAUCGACCAAGUCAUUAAAACACACUCCCACACCUACAACACGCACAUCAUCGCUAUUAUCAUCCCCUCCCAAAUCAACACACAAACCACAAAUGGGCGUACAAGUUACUCACUUAAAAAUACCGCAGCAGCGCAUACACGGCACUCCCACUAUCCACAAGUCUCUCUCUACUCCUCUCCUCAGCGACCAGGACAGCGAGGUGUUGGAUUCGCCUACACCCCCACCUGUGCCGAUGAAGGAGGCACCGCGUGCGAAGACACAAUCUUACUCAUGCUCAAGCUCUGCUAAAAAACCCGAACGCUCUAUAUUUAAUGAAAUACAUGCUCCAAUACCUAGUCAUAGUAGAAGUCACAGUCCCACUCAAACUCCUACUCCCGCUCUCAAAACGAGUGCGAUCGAUCGACGCAACAGACCACCAGCUCUCGAGUUAAGGCAAUCGACUCAUCGACAAAUUGAAAGCAAGCUGGGUUGUUUGCAGGAGCAGAAAAAGGCACAGGAAAAGUCUGAAAAACAGUCUGAGGUGCAGUCUCAAAAGCAAGACAAACACAACAGCCAUAAGCUCCCACCAGACACAACGACUCUGCCCUCUGAACACCCACCAUACCUACCUCCACCCCCCAUACCCCCCUUACCACAAUCCACCGCCAUUUUAUCAAAUUCUUUCACUCGAAAUGUCCCAAGUAGACUGAAAGAUGCACCAAAACUGACGAGGAUGCGCUCAGAAACUCUGCCUUCUCCCACCACCCCAAUCCAUUCUAUCAAACAUCGCCCUACUUCUUCACCUACCACCACCGAUCAAUACUCUGUGACUAGAUUGAGAGGUAUGCUUGAGCAGCAUGUAGCGCAGGAGAGGAGCAUGUGGCAUAGCAUUACAUCCAAUACCCGUCAUUCUUAA